GUCCUUACGCAAACUGCCAACGUUCCGGCGAACUCGGUCGAUUUCUUCGUGGCGGCCCCUCCACAGGGGACUGCAUUGUCUCGACUGAACAAUGCACGGGACGGUCUGAACUGCCUCAAUGCAGUCAGUCCUUACCCAGGGGUGGGCACCACCACAACGACCACCAUCCUACCGUGCGAAGCGACUCCGUUCGACUGCACGCAGUAUCCAGGCCCUUUGCAGGUGGUGAACACUGGUUCUGGCUCCAAUUGCAUCUCAACAGUCCAGUUCUUGAAUCUGGCCACCGAUCAGUACGAGCCGAUCUGCAUUUCACAGCCAGGAGAAUGCCAACAGGGUUGUUCUUACAAUCCAAAGGAUGGGAGGAUCUAUUGCCAGAGUGUCAACACUUUCCGAAAUAUUGGGCGGUACCUCACCCGUAUCGACUGCAAUGGAACGACGCAGGAGAUGAAGAUUUGCUACCUGGACCCUCUCACCAGGAACGUGGUGACGGCGGCCUUUGUGGAGGAACCUUUCACAAACUUUCCAAACUAUGUGUUUUCGGGAAACCCGCUUCGAAAUGUGAGAGCGGACGUCACCACACUUGAUGGUUUUGUUGAUCCUCCGUUUGUUCCUGAGCUGGGCACCGAUCAGAUCUCUGGCUCUAGCUUCGGUGCCAUCAGCAUGGCCAUCAGCAGGUUUGACCUGGGGGAUGGCAACGGGGUCCAGACGUGGGCAAUCGGCUGCAACACAGGACAGAUUGUUGUUCAAGGCAUCUCAAACAUAAGUGACAACUUCUUGAGAGCGGAACGCUACACAUUGACCAUCGUCGAUGCGGCGCCCCAAGGGCGAUCGACAACAGCGUGGUCCUUCGAGAACAACGUCUACUGCGCCUACAACGAUGCAGUCUACUUCCUCUUCACUGACUUCAUAACCAUAAACCAG